GGGGGACCAGGAACAAAAAUGCCCCACAUCCCCCACAUUUCGACAACAGGCAGCAUCCAUUGACAUGCUUGGCACCCGAGGGUACCCCAAAGGGGCAACUUGGUCUCCCGAUACGUCAUUGUAACCUUUGACCUGAUAUCUUGGUGAUAUUCAUCUUAUCAUAUCAACAAAUAUCAAGAUGACCACCCUCCAACCCCGGCCGCCGUAUACCGAUGCCGAGCUGCAGAAGCUCUACCCCCCCAACCUGGACCUGCAGCUCGUCCAGAUCCUCAUGCGCCAUGGCGAACGCACCCCCGUCUCCCCCCGCUUCCAAAACACCGGCCUCCCCCCCUUCUGGCCCUACUGCACCUCAGUCCGCCAAAUAACCUCCACCAUCCUCUCCCCCUCUUCUUCCUCUCUCACAACCCUCCAAUGGACCCGCCGCCUCGAGACCUUUUCGCGGGAAUCCGACUCCCCCACCCUCGCCCUCUCCCCCACCUCCCACCCAGACAACAUCUGCGACAUGGGCACCCUGACCGACCUAGGCCGGCAAACAACCUCCUCCCUCGGCGCCCGCCUCCGGGACCUCUACAUCACCCGCUUAGGCUUCCUCCCCCCGGCAAUAACCUCCCCCUCCCAAAUCUACCUCCGCACCACCCCCGUCCCUCGCGCGUUGGAAUCCCUCCAACAGACAUUUUCUACCCUCUACCCCCCUAACACGCGCCUUCCCUCCCCUGAAACGGGCAUCUUCCCUACACCGGUGAUCAUCACGCGGGCCCAUGCGGAUGAAACGCUUUACCCCAACGAUGGCAACUGCAGGCGCUUUGCGGCUUUGUCACGGGCUUUUGCGCAGAGGGCGGCGGAUAGACAUAACAACACGCCUGACAUGGAAUACCUCAACCAGCUGAUAGGCAAGUGGAUGGACGGGGGGAAGGUGGCGGUUGACAGCAGGCCGAGACUUUCUGGUGUGAUGGAUACGAUUAAUGCUACUUUGGCGCAUGGACCCGAGACAAAACUACCGAAGGAGUUUUAUGAUGAAAAGGCGAGGGGGAUAAUCGAAAAGAUUGGGGUGGAGGAAUGGUUUCAGGGUUACAGAGAAUCGGAAGAGUAUAGGAGGUUGGGGAUUGGGGGGUUGGUCGGGGAUUUGGUUGAGCGGAUGGUCAAGAGUGUGGAGGGGAGGGGUGAUGGGGUGAGGUUUGGGUUGCUUGGGUGUCAUGAUACUACGCUUGCGGGGAUGCUGGCGAGUUUGGGGGCUUUUGGGACGGAGAGGUGGGUGCCGUUUACUAGUCAUGUUGCUGUUGAGUUGUUUAGGGAUAAUAUGAAAGGGGGAAGGGAAAGGGAGGGGUGGUUUGGGGGUUUGUUUGGAAAGGGGAAAGAGAUUGGGAGACGGCCGGCGGAGGAGUUGGGGGAAGAGGAGAAGAAGAAGUUGGAGGGGUAUUAUGUUAGGUUGAGGUAUAAUGAUGAGGUGGUUACUGUGCCGGGGUGUAGGAUGGAGGGGAGGCAUUUGGAGGGGGAUGAGUCGUUUUGUACUCUGGCUGCCUUUAAGGAGAUUGUGGAUAAGUUCACGCCCAAGAACUGGAAGCAGGAAUGUCGGAUGAGCAGAGGGGAGACGGUUUCUUUGCCGAAGGUGCCGGAGCCGGCUGGGUAUUGAUGGCUUUGAGACUGUGGGAGCAUGAGUAGAUGCAUUUGGCCGAGUGCGUAGGCUGGAGCUGGGUGGUUGCAUAUGGUAGGAAACCAUCGUACAUUAUCAUCACAUGAAAGCACACCUUCUAAAGCUCAGCUAUGCCUUGAGUUUCUGAGUGCCAGUCCUGGGGUUUGGCAAUCAUGAUACAUCAUCUUGUGUGUAUGUCGAUGAAGUUCAACCACUGGGGUGUAGUAUGUGGCUUGGUCGGUGUCCGAACGG